AAAGAUUUUAUUUAUUUGGAAUUAGACAAAAUACAAAUUCUAUUUUGGAGUGCUAAGAAAGCAAAAAAACCGCCAUGGAUGCACAACAACAGCAGAGACAACAAGGUGUUCCGCAACGCCCAAGGCCCGGCGCCGGCGGAGAUGGCGGCGGUGGAGACUUCACUCCGAUUCUCACCGUGCUCGUUGCUUUUAUCGCCAUUUUCGCAUUGGUUGUGGCUCCUUCUAUUUCAACAUUAAAUAAUAGUUUAUCCAUUUUACACCAAGUGCCGGAAGGUCAUGUUGGAGUCUAUUGGAGAGGAGGUGCCCUUUUAAAUACAAUAACUGAUCCAGGUUUUCAUAUGAAACUGCCCUUUAUAACUCAGUUUGAACCCAUUCAAGUUACUCUUCAAACAGAUCUGGUGAGGGAUAUUCCUUGUGGAACCAAAGGAGGCGUGAUGAUAAACUUUGAGAAAAUAGAAGUUGUUAACCGCCUUCGGAAGGACCAUGUGUACGAUACUCUGCUGAAUUAUGGGGUCAAUUAUGAUAAUACAUGGAUAUACGACAAGAUUCAUCAUGAGAUCAAUCAGUUCUGCAGUGCUCACAGCCUUCAACAAGUUUAUAUUGACAUGUUCGAUCAAAUCGAUGAAAAAAUGAAAGAUGCUCUUCAGGCAGACUGCACACGGUAUGCUCCAGGUAUUGAGAUUCUCAGUGUACGUAUUACAAAGCCUAGCAUCCCGGAGAGUAUAAGACGAAACUUUGAGAACAUGGAACAGGAGCGCACCAAGGUCUUGAUUGCAGUAGAGAGACAAAGAGUUGCUGAGAAGGAAGCAGAGACGCAGAAAAAGAUAGCAAUUAGUGAAGCUGAAAGAAAUGCUCAUGUUAGUAAGAUCCAGAUGGAACAGAAGUUGAUGGAAAAAGAUAGUGCUAGGAAACAAGAGGAAAUUUCAAAUUCAAUGUACCUAGCUCGUGAAAAGAGCCUGGCAGAUGCAUCUUACUAUCGAACAAUGAAAGAAGCAGAAGCAAACAAGUUGAAGCUUACUCCAGAAUUUCUCGAACUGCGGUUCAUUGAAGCUAUAGCCAAUAACUCGAAAAUUUUCUUCGGGAACAAGGUGCCCAACAUGGUUCUUGACCAAAGGCUACUUGGAAACUUUUUGCAAGAGGCUGUACCGCGAACGGAUUCGUCUUAGGGGUGUAUUUAUGCUCGUUUGUUGAAGCUCGAUGAUACAGUUUUUCUGGUGUGCAUCACAUGGAGAAUGAUAAACUGUAUUGGCUUAUUUGUAUGUUUCAUUCUGUAGUUUUCAACAUCUAGUUUUUUUCUUCCCUUUUUGGACAUGGAAACUCUCCAUUCUUGAAUAUGCUAUUUGUUUGUGUCAUUCCCCGGAUUGUGAGUGGUAAAUACCAAAGCUGUAUUGUACCAUUUGAAAAGUAUUAACGAGGAGCUUUAAUUGUCAGAACUCAGAUGAUGAAUAUGAAGGAAUGACUAGUCUUCAUAAGCGUUUGGACAUA